AUGAAAGGCUUGGUGGCGCUAGGGCGGAUUCGAACCAUCGAUCGAUCGGGAGCAGACACAGCGAAGCCUCUUACCGACUGCGCUAUAACCGCUAUACGUGAAGAAACUGUAGCAGAAUCACCCUUGGUCCCAUCGGAGGUGUCUGGACGAUCAUCAGAACGUUUCUAUGGAGUAGAAGAUUACAAGGAGGACUCGUGGGACUUCACUCCAAACAUUGUCGUCCCGACAAUAGCACCUUCUUCUCAUUCUCGAAAUAUGGAAGGUGUGGGCCGUGCUACUUUCGAACUCGUAAAUUCCAGUGCUCUGAGAGAGUCUUUUUCUACAAAGCCGGAACGCCCGGCAACCACCUCUCCUGCAUCCGAGAAAAGUAGCACGAACAACGUGUACGAGAUAAAUUUCUGCAAUAAGCACGAAUUUACUGAUCAGUUGCUGGCUACUUAUGGAUUGGAAAGAUUGGAUAACUUCAUCUGGAAUACCUCUUGCUCUCAAACAUUCUUCCAGUGCUCCAUUGGACAGACGUUUGUUUUUCGCUGCCCAUCCGAAAAUCAAGCGUUUGAUCGUUCAAUAACGAACUGCAAUUUUCGAAAUGCCGUUGAAGUCUGUCCGGAAUUCGAUCGAGUGCUGCAUUGUUCUAUACAAGAAUCGUGCACCGAGAUGGAAUUCGCCUGCUGUUCCGUGCCUCAACGAUGUAUUUCAAUCUCGAUGCGAUGCGAUGGUCAUCGCGAUUGUGGCGAUGGCGAUGACGAAAACAACUGCCCUUCCUGUUCCCGUUAUGAGUUUGCAUGCGUGAAAAGCGGGAAAUGUAUCCCGGCUGAGAAAAGAUGCGAUGGUAUUAGCGAUGACUGUCAGGACGGCACUAAUCUGGAUGAACUUGGCUGCAGUAGGAAUUCUACUUGUCUCGGGAAAUUCAUGUGCGAUCAAUCACAACAAGGACCUCAAUGUAUUGAAUGGUCCGAUCAUUGCAAUGGCGUGAAAAAUUGUAUGAUGGGCGAGGACGAGAAGAACUGCAAAAGCCAGGAAGCGAAAUUUUUAUCAUGUGAAAAUCAGAAGCAGUUGAUUCCGAAACAGAAUUGGUGCGACGGAAAAGCGCACUGUGCCGAUGGGAGCGAUGAGAAGUACUGUCAUUGA